AAAAUGUUCACUUACAAAAGGCUGUUUUGGAACUAGCUUGGAGCAGCAAAAUUGUAACGAAAAUCCAUGUCCAGCAACGACAGCAAUUGGUCAAUGGUCAGGUUGGUCUGAAUGGGGAAGUUGUAGUACAACAUGUGGCGGUGGUUUUAAAAGGCGUACUCGUUUAUGUCAAAAUGGAAAUUGUAAUGGUUCAUCGAAAGAUUCAUUACCAUGCAUGAUCAAACAUUGCAAAACAAUUUCAUCUGGAAGUGUUGCUUCUUGGGGCGGUUGGGGUUAUUGGUCACCGUGCUCUGAAACAUGCGGUAGAGGUGUUCGUAAACGUGUACGCAAAUGUUAUGGUUCAGGUGGACAAUGUUCGGGAAAUGAAUAUGAACGACAAAUAUGCAAUAUACGACGGUGCUGA